UCACAUCAUCGGCCGCAAUAUAGUUCCACCAAUUCUUAGUAGCUGUCUCUUUUAAUCUGAAGCGGUGAUCAGUGAAAGUUGAAGCGAACUGGAAGUGAUAGAGUAUCAGCUUUAGCCGCAUUCAUUUUGAAAGUUUACAGCAAUAUGGCUAGUUCUGGAAUUAAAGCUGAAGUUUCUAACGACGUAACUGAUGGCAAAGCUGUUAGACACAAUCCAAGCGUAAAAGGCCCUCAACUCGAGGCAUCUGCAGCCAAAGGAGAUUUCACCAUUCUCAUUCUGGGAGAAACUGGAGUGGGCAAGUCCACGUGGAUUAAUGGUAUUGCCAACUAUGCAAAACACGAGUCUCUUGAAGAUGCCAUGAAAGACCCUGAUUUUACCAUCUUGAUACCAUCUAGGUUUACUUUCACGAAUGAAAAUGGAGAAGAGAAGGACAUCGCCUUUGGGUCUGCUGAUGAUAAUGAAGUUCUCUCCAGUGGUCAGUCUGCUACCCAAUUCUCUCAGGAGUACAGAAUUGAGACGAAUACCACGAUCUUCCACCUUAUUGACACUCCGGGCAUUGGGGACUGUAGAGGCAUUGAGAAGGACAAGGAGAACUUCGAUAACAUCUUGGCCUUUCUUACUUGCUAUGACAAAAUCAACGCCGUGGUUGUGCUUCUCAAGCCAAACAACGCAAGGUUGACAGUGGCGUUUAAGUUUUGCGUCUUGGAACUGCUGACUCACCUCCACAAGUCCUUGGUUUCCAACAUCAUGUUUGCCUUUACCAACUCCAGGGGCACCUUUUACAGACCAGGAGACAGCCUUCCAGUACUCAAAAAGCUCCUCGAUCAAAAUAGUAUCGGAAUAGAUGUUUCUCCUUCAAAUUAUUUUUGUUUUGACAACGAAGCUUUCAGAUGGUAUUAUUUCAGCCAGGCAGAAGAAUCAAAAAACACAAGCAGCAAGCAAGAGCUGUGUGUAUGCCAAAACCAACAAUUCCUGGAUUCCUGGAAUCUUGCAUAAGAUGAAUCCAUUCAAUUGGGGGAGCAACAACAGAAGCAACUUACGCAUCUCUCAGUACUAAAAGAUUACAUUACAUCAAAAGAGACAACAGAUGAGAAUUCAUUUGUGCGGCGUCGGUUGCAAGAAACUUCAAUGUAUGCAUUUGGAAAUGACAAAUGUCAGUUGUUAUGUUACGCUAGUUUAGUGUGGUUUUCGAUGGAGUGUCUUUUAACUAACUAAUACCAAACCAAUCCAAACGACCAAUCCAAAAGUAGUGAUAGAUAGCGCAAGGAGCAAUCAGAACUCAAAAUUAGUGCACGUGACGACCCCAGCGCGGGUAAACUGACGCAAGUGAACCGAGUCACAGUUGAUUUUAGCUCGUUUCUGAUUGGUCGAAAGGUUUGAGUAAGUAUUUUAGCCAACCAUAGAGUGUGAUGAAGGGGAAAUUUCUCUGGGGGCUCAGUUAGAACUUUCUCUAGCUACUUGGCAAGUCGAACACCUUUUUGAUUGGGCGUCGUAAGAUAAAGCAAAGUAAACGCAACAGCCAAUCAGAGCAAAGGUAGAAGUCAUAAGGGGCCAAUAACAACCUAGUUGCUUCGGGUGCGGGAAAACAGGAGUGACCUUGGCACAAUCGAUCUUACUAAGACCGAUUGUGCCAAGGUCGCGGUUUUGUACCAAUCAGAGAGUGCUGCAUGGCAAAAGUUCAACACUCCAUUGAAAAUUUCUCUGUUAGGUCCGUCAAAGAUUCGUUAACACAAUAGAAAAGUAUCAAAAUUAAUAUUUCUUGAGGACGUAAAGACAGUUAAUAUUUCUUUAUAAUAAUGUAAUUCUCAUUGGGUGCCCUGUGAGUUCAGUGUAACGUCAAUCAAAUAUCCCGUUGAGAAUAUUGGAAGCUUUAAUAUAUUAGGUGUGUUAUCCAGUUAGGGACCCAUUAUCUUAUAUCGCCAUGGGUGGGGUUCGGAGAAUUUUGGUUGAGUCACAUUCAAAUUUACCUGAUUCCCCUCGAAACUCGGUAGUAUUUUUGAUUAGCCCUCAUUGGUAGUCCUUUUUCUAUAGUCCCCUCCACACUUUAAACUGUUUUGGCGACGACUGAUCCCUCUCCGUCCCCCCCUGAAGACAAUGUGAUUCCCAAAUAUCUUCCGUUCUCCUCCCUCCAAGGUGGUGGAUUAUGACCGGUCUCUUCUUGAAAAAUGAGAGGACGAUUUCGGUUGGCAACCAUUAGGCGUAAAUUUGACUCAGAUAAGUAGACCGAAGGAUAGAUUUUGUCAGGAGCCCAUUACGUUGGUAAUUUUUUUUUUGACACGGUUUGCUUGAAAAGUUAGCCAGGCAGGACGAUCCUACUGAAAAAAGUCUGCAUAACUGCAACCGCGUUUCGUAUAACCAAUAGAAUCUGUCUUAAACUCUGUUUUAAAUAUGCUUAGUAAGUGCUAAAGAUGACCAGGCAUACUAGAGCCAGGGACAAAAAUACGACUACACCCGCGAAACGUAAACCAUUGCCUUUAAGUGGGCGAAGAAAUCCCCAUAUGUAUUACUUUCGUUUCCCGGGGUCCUCGGGAACUGCAGCAACUUGUGCUCUUUGUAUGAUUAGAUGUUAAGUGAAAGAGAUAGUAAGUACGGGGUAAAAUGGGUUGAAAAUAAACUUUGAUCAAAAGUAACUGAUUCUGAGUUAUAAAUUUA